AUGUCGCAUCAAAUUCAAAUUAAUAUUUGCUUAGAAAUCGGAAUGUAUUGGAGUAGUUCUGAACCAGUAAAUACAGACAUAAGUCAACCUAAUACUAGUAGUACUAGUUCGAAGAAUACUGCUAUAUCCGAACAAAAUGUUAUUGAUCCUCGAAAUAAUGAUAUUGGGUUGUUUGUAAAUGCCACUAAUUCAACAGAUAUAAAAGACUUUGAAUCUCUAGUUUCUUUCUAUAUUCCUGAAGUCGAUACUGUCACAGCUAACUGUGAGCUUCAAAUUUGGAAACAAAAACUUAAAGGGCUAGUAACAAAUAUAAAUGAAAUGCUACCUUCUAAUGCAGGGGUUGAAGACCCCUGUUCUAAUGCAUUGGAUGCCAUCAGGUGUUGUGACCCAAUCAUAUUCCCUAAUAUAUUUAUGUUAUUAAAAAUUUUGUGCUGUCUACCUGUUUCUACUUCAACACCAGAAAAGUCUUUUUCUGGCUUAAAAAGAAUAAAAACCUACCUCAGAAACAGUAUGAAAGAGGUAUGUAUUAUGUAUAAACAAUAA